AAGUUGGAAGUGGUCAAGUAUCCAGUAAAGGUGUAUAUACCAUACCAUCUGUUACACAUGCUGAUUCAGGUUUAUACGAAUGCAGAGCUAAGACUGGUAAUGAGUGUGAAGUGAAAAGCACCAUGAUAACACUCACUGUGAUUUCACCUCCGAUCAUCAGCAACAUCAUAGUAACAGAAGACAGUCUAACAGUUACCUGGAAUAACCUGGUUUUACCUCAUAACACGAUAGCGACAUGCUUGAUAUAUGUGAUGCAAUCAUUCCAUGGUGCCAGCUGGAUGACGUCUUCAAACACCAGCAAUGAAGAUUCAAUAACAUGUUCAAUUGCCGGGUUGAAAUCAUCUACCUUGUAUCGUAUUCAGUAUGUCUUACGAAUUCACAAGAACUAUGCAAAUGGAACUAUCUACAUAGGAACAUCUGCCAAAGUCAAUAGAACAGGAGCAAGUUCAAACCAUUCAACAUGUGAUACUGGAAAAGCUGGGAACAUUUCAUAUGGGGUGUCAUCCACCAUUUUUGCAGCUGUCAUUGCUGUUGCUAUUGUAGUUAUUGUUCUUCUCAUAUUGGUUAUCGUAUGGAUGCGAUUUCAAGGUUUGUUUGAUGGUUGUUAUGAGCAAAAAUUUAGCAUUGUUUUUGAUAAAUCAAAGAAAGAAGGAAAGAAUGCGCAACAAGCAAUAAAACAAAAAGACUAA